GGGAAAUUGUUGACUCUUGCAAAGGAAGCCAUAAAGUUGUCUCUAAUGUGACCAGCAGCAACACAACGCUCAUGAGGCUACGACUGCUGGUCGAACUGUCGUUGGAAUAUAUUUGAAAGUGAGAUAUGCAAUCAAACGAAAUCCUGACGAACUGUGAUCUCGCCAGCAUGUCAAUAGGCUACGACAUCAAGUACCAGAGAUCAGACGAUGCGCUGGAAUAAUUGUCUCAAGCAAACCUUGUAAUCUGUCAUUUCCGAUUUGUUUUAAAAUAUCGUUCUUUUUUUUGUCCAAUAAGGACUUUUCAACGCAAGACUUGGUCAAAGGUUGUCAUGGUUAGUGCCACGUUUAGUGCGCUGGCCAUUGCGUCUCCAAAGCGUAAAACGUCGAUAUCAUCAGCUUAGUCAUAGGUGGAACUUCACUUUUAUGUCUCACAUUCAACUGGUUAUUUAAAUCGCAACUUAGACGAAGCGUCGACCGCGCCUUGCCGAAUGGGCAUGACUGUUUUGAUUAUUCAGUUUGACAAGAGCGUGCCAACUACACGCACAAUGUGGGAUUGACGGCUGAGGAAUGGCAUCGGCGAUAUUCGAGGGCACAUCUUUGGCCAACAUGUUUGUGAAAGAUUGUUGGGUUAACGGAAUCCGGAGACUUAUUAUAAGUCAGCGAGGCGAGGAAGAGGAAUUCUUUGAAAUUAGGACCGAGUGGUCAGAUAGAAAUGUGUUAUACUUGCAUAGGAGUUACUCCGACUUUGGAAGAUUAUUGAAAAGGCUUUUGGAAUGUUUCCCUGAGGACAGACGAACCCUGUCGAAGUCACCACUAAUAGAAGGGCUUGUGAACAUUAAGGAAGCCAGUGACAUUGAAGUGAAGCUGAAUGAAGUGGAGAAGUUGUUGAAAAAUGCUAUCAGCUUGCCCUGGAAGUAUUCCAGGUCAGAGGUCGUGCUUACUUUCUUUGAACGUUCACCACUUGAUCAAAUCCUAAGGAAUGAUAAUGUUCACAAGAUCCAACCUUGCUUCCAAAGUCCAGUCAAAAUAUCUGAGAUCAUGAGAUCCAAUGGCUUCUGUUUGGCCAAUACGGAGACCAUUGUGUUUGAUGAAAGCAUCCCCCAGGAGAAGGAGAGACCGUCAUCGACUGACUCAGCUGAGCAUUCGUAUGAUGACACAGAAAGUCUUCCUGUGGAGCCUGACCUCAGUGACGAAGAGCCUGAGGCAUAUGUCACCAACCUGUCCUACUACCACCUGGUGCCUUUUGAGACCGACAUUCUGGAAUGAGACGCUCUAGACAUGCUUCUGGAAAGAAGCAUCAUCUACUGCACAGAUGUCAGGAAAGCAGCAGCAGUGGUGUUCUCUUUGCUGAUUUCCAUUCCGUUCUCUCGGAGGGCAUUGCUGGAGUUGUGUGAUGAAGAAGCUUAGACUCUCCACAGAGUCACACCUCCUUGUACGCAUGGCAUCAUUAUCUCAGAGGUCUUCCUCAGUCAGCCACGGAACAUUCACAGACGUGCCUCAGUCAAGUCAUCAUCACUGCCACUGAUUGGACUAAAUGAGAGAGGAGUGGUUAUCAGGUCAUUUCUGGAUACGGAGGAAGGGGAAAGGGUGGUGGAGGAUCAAUGCUAAUCUUGAUAGGAAAUCUCAUUGAGCUGAGAGAUUGUUGUGGUCACAUCUUUUAGUGUCAACUUCUGACAGUAAAUUUAUUUUGAAUACCUGUCAUUCUCUCGUUUCCAAGGGCUGUUGAAUUUGCUCUGUCUUGGGAACUAUAAAGACUAAAAAUCACACAGAUAUCUGGUUGCACUGCAGUGGUCUGUGAUGAAUUACGCUCGCAUUAGACUGCACUGUCAGCUUAUUUCACUGCUCUAACAUUGAAGAGCAUAUUUGCUUUGAGUGAAUGCCCUGAGCCAGAGGGGUGUCCUUUGGCAUAAACCAGUAGGAAAUAUGCUUUGGUUGGAACAUUGCAGCGUCUCUACGGUGGCCUCUGGAGUGCUGUUUAUAGCACCAUAGCACCACAAUAACCAUUAAGCCUGUGCAUGCAAUCAGAGUGGCCACGUGACAAAUCGAAGCUUCCCAGUUGUUUCAUGAUGUGCCAUACAGUAGUUCAUUAUUACAUCACAUCAACUCAGUGAUACAAGCACAGUGUUGAACAGUGCAAGUGGGACUAUUCGCAUUAACAUAAAACCAAGCAUUCUGCUGCAGUCAUAUUUUGUUACUUUAGGAUGCAUGUUAUUUCUCCUUCACAUACAUUCUCUCAGUGCCAGUUGUGAUACAGUACAAGUAUGCUGUCGAAUUUGUCACGUCGAGUCAUGUGCAGUUGUAGAUAUGUGUUGGUUUGUUUGUUGUUGAGAGGGCACCAGACAGUCUGCAUGCAGGCGAAGUAGGCUACUUCUGCUUCUUCCUAUCCUCCAUUUCCCCUGCUCAUGAGUCUGUUUAGUAACACAGUCAUGCCCCUCUCUGGACUGUGGGAAAGCAUUGCUCUUUCUUCAAUGGAUUUGUUGCAAUGUGUGUGUGAGUGUGUGUGUGUGUGUGUGUGUGUGUGUGUGUUCGUGCACGCAUGCUUGAAUGUGUAACUUUCUUCUUUUUUGUUUUCCCUUCCUUUGCUGUGUUUGCAUGGACUGUGGUUGAAAGCGUUGAAGGGGAGAUGACACAGCGGAACAAUGAUCUGCAUUGUGCAGCUGGAAAUAAGCAAGACUCUUCUGAAUUGAGUUGAUGAAUAAACAUAUUUGUGCACAAUUUCUAGGAUGUAUAGUAAUAGAGGACAGUAUAUAAACUGGAAUGGUGGAAGUGUAGGUAUUAAGUAUUCAUAAGCAGCACAGGAGUAUCGAUGCCAGAGUACUUGUUGAUAAAACCUCCCACUUGCCUCUAUCUGGAUGGUCAGGUUUGUCUGAGUAUUGCAGCCCAUGUUCAAUCAUAAGCUAAUCAUGAUACUCAUGAGUAGCAAGUCAUGUGAAUAAUUUCUAGGGAAGGGAAGUAAGUGAUUGAGAGUUUUUUUUUAUUAUUAUUAUUAUUGCAAUUGUUUUAUUUAAUAAUAUGAAAGGAGAUAUUUAUUUUUGUAAUCACAAAAAUGAUCAGGUUUACAGUUAACCCGAGAAACAUUCUCACUUUGCUGAUCUUGGAGUGUUGCUAAUUUUGAUAUAUUGGAAUGAUGUAAAGAUUCUCAGUGGGUGCAACCAUAACAUCAGACUGGAGAGAAAAAUAAGUAAAAACCUUGUCAGAUUGCCUUUCAUUUAGGCUAGUUAAUCAGUUUAAAAGUUCAGUGCUCGUGCCUGAAAUCAUUUGCAUGUAAUAUGUUAAAGCUUUAUUUGUAAUAAACAAUGUUUUUGGU